GCCCGUCUCCCCGAUCAUCGCGAACAGCUCGACCUCUCCACACCACAUCCGAUCCCGGGGCCCGAAGCACCCCUUUACCACAACCUACUCGCGCCAAACCAAUGGCCCUCCGAGCAACAUCUCCCGACCUUCCGCCCCAUCUUCGAAGAAUACAUCACCCGCAUGACCUCUAUCGCCACCUUUUUCACCUCCCUGAUCGCGGAAGCCAUCGGCCUCCCCGCCGACGCCUUCGACCGCUACUUCGAUGCCAACCAGCAGCACAAGUUGAAGAUCGUCAAGUAUCCCGAAUGCACCAUCGAAGCCGCCGACCCGGACGCCGAGAACCUCAGCGACCCGAAGAGGGUCGCCCUACGGCAGGGCGUCGGCCCGCAUAAAGACAGCAUGUUAACCUCGUACUUACUGCAGGCGAGCGGGCAGCGCGGCCUCCAGGCGCAGAACCAGGCCGGCCAGUGGAUCGACGCGACCCCGAUCCCUGGGACGCUGGUGGUGGCGAUCGGGCAGGGGCUCGAGGCCAUGACGGCGGGCGUCUGUGCGAGCACGACGCAUCGGGUGCUGAGCCCCUUGAAGGGAUCGGGGCCGCGAUUCAGCGUGCCCUUCUUCCAAGGCGUCAGUUAUGAUGCGCGGUUCGAAGAAAUGGAUGUCCCGACAGACGUACGGGUGCUCAGGGAGGAAUUGAGGAGGGCGCAGGGCGGACGGAAGGAUGACGUCGAGUUCACGUUCCAGAAGGGGCGAUGGGGACACCUUGGGGAAGCCACGCUGGCGAAUCGCGUGAGAAGCCAUCCCGAUGUUGGGGAAAGAUGGGUGAGUGGUUCUUUCCUCAUCUUGAGGACGGACUUGUCUUUAUGCUUUUUCAAUUUCAAGAUGACUAAGGAGGAUGACUAACGAUUCCAUGCGUGUAGUAUCCCGAGCUCUUGGCCCAGAUUCGUGAACAGCAGGCCCUUGAUGCGAGGACUGCCCAGACUGUACAGUAAAUUCCUCGCCACGACCGGCGCUGUGAAGGAAAGUUGCCGCAGAUGGAGCUCUCAUAGGCAUUCGGAAGAUUCGCUCUGACG